AUGUUCUCUCUAUAUACUCAAUGUGUUUUUGCUUGGCGCUCAAUAUUUUUACUUUAUGAAGAAUUAUGUGCUUCAGGUACUGAUCCUAUUCCGAUGGAAUUUUUUGUGGAAUUCGAUAGAAUGGUUGGUCCACGUUUAACUUUGUUAGCCGAGCGUUUAGCAUCAAAUCAGACUUGUUCAUUUAUGGAUGGUAGCAUCUUCCCUUUACACCUGAUGGAGAGUACAGCAGAUAUUAAUUCACAUACUCCACCAACACUUGGCAAUCUUACAAUCAAUGAAGAAGGAGUAAGUAAUGCAAUCGAAGAUUUGGAUUAUAUUGAUUCACCGUUAUCAUCUCUCUAUUCAAAUCGUUUCAUUUAUUGGAAUUCAUCAACUUGUUCUGUUAUGACAACUUUACACUUUUACACCGGGUCUGGUAAGCGGCCGAUUAAAGGGGCGAAAUUAAUUCUAGACGCUAUGGUGAAUCUACGUGAGGAAUUUUCUCUGAGACCUAAUUCAUGGCAUGAAGAAAUCGCUGUUAGGCUAGAUUCACACUGCUGGAUUGUUUGUAGGCGAUCUAAUGGGCGUGAAGUAUAUAUGGUAUUCACAAUUAAACAAGAAAGUUUACAUAAAUUAGAGGAAGCUAUACGACAUGUAUAUGAUACAACGUUUCGGGGUUUAUUCCUAUUGGAUUGA